CAGCAAAGAAAGAAAGCAUUCAAAAACAAUUUCACUUCUCUUUUCCUCUUUUAAAGGCCAACCUCUCUCUCAUUCCUUCCAUAUAAGAACACAUUACACAAAAUAUAGCAGCAUUCAAUUCAAUUGAAUUAUUACUAUAUCUAUCACUUUCUCAUAACUUAAUCAUUUUCCCAUUUCCAAUUCAAUGGGAGAAAUUGACGGUAAUGUCCUCGCUGCUAAAUCCUUUUCUCAAUUCGGCGUCCUACACAUGUUCGGCGUCGUCGGCAUCCCCGUAACUUCACUCGCCACACGCGCCGUCUCUCUCGGCAUCCGUUUUAUCGCUUUCCACAACGAACAAUCCGCCGGUUACGCCGCUUCCGCUUACGGCUACCUCACCUCCCGUCCCGGCAUCUUCCUCACCGUCUCCGGUCCCGGUUGCGUUCACGGUCUUGCCGGUCUCUCCAACGGCACCACUAACACAUGGCCUACUGUCAUGAUCUCCGGUUCUUGUAACCAAAACGACGUCGGCCGUGGUGAUUUUCAAGAACUCGAUCAGAUCCAAGCUGUUAAGCCUUUCACAAAAUUCGCUAUCAAAGCUAAACAUAUCUCCGAAAUUCCUAAUUGUGUCGCACAGGUCCUCGCUAAUUCCGUUGUGAAUCGACCUGGUGGUGUUUAUUUGGAUCUUCCUACUGAUGUAUUGCAUCAAAAAGUUUCAGAAUCCGAAGCUGAAUCGCUUUUGACCGAAGCAAAAUAUCUAGCAGAGAAAAUUAAGAAAAGUCACGUUAUAAGUGUUGAAUCUUCGAAGAUUCAAGAAGCUGUUUCGCUUCUCAGAAAGGCCGAGAGGCCGUUGAUUGUGUUUGGGAAAGGAGCAGCUUAUGCUAAAGCUGAAGAUGAAUUGAAGAAAUUGGUGGAAAAGACGGGGAUUCCGUUUCUUCCUACUCCAAUGGGGAAGGGAUUGUUGCCGGAUGAUCAUCCGUUGGCUGCCUCCGCGGCUAGGUCACUUGCUAUUGGAAAAUGUGAUGUGGCGAUUGUGAUUGGUGCGAGGUUGAAUUGGCUGCUUCAUUUUGGGGAAGAGCCGAAAUGGUCUAAAGAUGUAAAGUUUGUGUUGGUGGAUGUGAGCAAGGAAGAAAUUGAGCUUAGAAAACCGUUUUUAGGGUUAGUUGGUGAUGGUAAAGAAGUUUUGGAGGUUUUGAAUAAGGAGAUUAAAGAUGAUCCGUUUUGCUUGGGGAGCACUCAUCCAUGGGUGGAAGCUAUUUCGAGCAAAGUGAAGGACAAUGGUGUGAAGAUGGAGGCUCAAUUGGCGAAGGAUGUUGUGCCGUUUAAUUUUUUGACGCCGAUGAGGAUUAUCAGAGAUGCUAUUUCGGAAUUUGGAGGAAGUCCGGCUCCUGUGGUGGUUUCUGAAGGUGCUAAUACUAUGGAUGUUGGUCGAUCUGUGUUGGUUCAGAAGGAGCCUAGGACUAGGUUGGAUGCUGGUACUUGGGGGACUAUGGGGGUUGGUCUUGGUUAUUGUAUUGCGGCUGCUGUCGCUUAUCCUGAUCGUCUUGUCGUUGCUGUUGAAGGGGAUUCCGGAUAUGGAUUUAGUGCUAUGGAAGUUGAGACAUUGGUUCGGUACCAACUGCCUGUGGUGGUGAUUGUUUUCAACAAUGGUGGUGUAUAUGGUGGUGACCGUAGAAGCGCGGAAGAGAAACAUGGACCUCACAAGGAGGACCCCGCUCCGACAUCCUUUGUUCCAAAUGCAGGGUACCACACUAUGAUGGAAGCUUUUGGUGGGAAGGGUUAUCUUGUGGGGACACCUGAUGAACUAAAGUCAGCUCUCUCAGAAUCUUUCUCUGCUAGGAAACCAGCCGUCAUAAAUGUUACCAUUGAUCCCUAUGCCGGUUCUGAGAGUGGGAGGAUGCAACACAAGAAUUGAUUUCUCUUACUCCUAUCACUUGCCAAUGCCAAGUGAAUGCUAGCAGCCUUCUACUUCUUCAACUUCAUUCACUGUGGUUCAGUUUUUUGUUUUUGUUGUCAGUAAUACACAUAAGUUAGAAAAAAAUAAGUAUAGUAUAACUACCCUUUCAAUUAAUUAAUAAAUAAAAGCAUGUGAAAUAUAUUUACUUAGAUAAUCAAUUUAGGAUGAAGAGUUGUAGCUGGAAGGAUUAACCGGAGGGAUUUGUAAUGCAACAUUUCACAGUUUAUUUGUUUAAGCUUUUCUGUAUUUGAGUUUCUUUAGUUCAGAAAUUUAUGGAAUGGUUUGAUAUGGUUUCUUCACGAAUCAUCCAAACCAAACAGUUUCAUUAA